GGCUCUCGGUAACACACCUUUACAUCAUAUGCUUCGCUUAUAUCACAAGCCGUCGUCAAGUUGCGGGUUAGAAAAGGGUAUCUUACCAUACUACAGGAAGCAUCACAAUGGGUGUGACCAAAGCAUCGGCAACAGAAGCCGAAUAUGCAACCCCAUUGCCAGACCCCAAUCAGGAAGGACGUGAUGGCAAUGGCAGCAAAGACAUCGCAGCCUCGUUUCUCGCCAAAAAUGUUGCCGGGCAGAGGAUAUCCAUAACUCCUGCCGAGUCGGCGCGUGUCCUACGACGCAUCGACACUGUCAUACUCCCUAUCAUGCUGACAGUAUACUUCCUGCAAGGCCUCGACAAGACGACGCUUGCAUACGCUUCAGUAUUCGGACUAAUCGAGGACACUGGACUUGCGGGCAACCAAUACAGUUGGCUGGGCAGCAUCGUAUACCUAGCACAGCUUGUCAUGCAGCCACCGCUGGCAUGGUUGCUCGUGCGCUUACCUAUCGCCAAGUUCACAAGCACUAUGGUGCUCCUAUGGGGUAUCUCGCUCACCUGCAUGGCAUCUGCGCAUAGCUUUGGCGGCCUGCUAGCUACGCGUUUCUUCCUAGGCGUGUUUGAGGCGAGCGUUGCGCCUAGCUUUGUUGCUAUUACGCAGAUGUGGUGGAGGAGACGCGAGCAGACUGUUAGAACUAGUUAUUGGUAUGCCAUGAAUGGAUUUACGAAUAUGUUCGGCAGUUUAAUCACCUAUGGUCUUGGCCACAUAUCAUCACAACUACGUUCCUACCAGAUCAUAUUCCUGUUUUUCGGAAUUAUCACCGUUGCAUUUAGCUUUGUCAUGUUGGCCUUUAUGCCAGACUCACCGGUAGAGGCAAAGUUCCUAAACGACGAAGAUAAGCUAAUAGCCGUUGAGCGGUUGCGCAUGAACCAAAUGGGAGUAGUAUCACGCGAGUGGAGAAAUGACCAUUUAAAGGAGGCCUUACUAGACCCUAAGUCGUGGCUCUGGUUCGCACUGUUAUUCUCGAUCAGUAUCCCGUCUGGCGGGAUCUCAACAUUCGGACCGUUAAUAGUGAAGACUUUUGGAUUCGAUCCAUUCGGGACUAUCCUCUUCAAUAUCCCUUUUGGGUUCGUACAGCUAGUCGCGACUGUUGGCGGGGCUUUUGUGGCUCAGAAAAUCAAGAUGAAGGGGCCUGUUAUCGCCGCGCUUUGUCUGCCCCCUAUAGCUGGCUGUGUGAUGCUUAUGGUACUUCCCAGAGAUGUUUCUCACCGAGCACCCCUUUUAGCUGGGUACUACCUCAUAUCUGUUUAUCCAGGAAUUACCCCGCUCGUUUACUCCUGGGCAUCGCAAAACACGGCUGGAGAUACCAAAAAGAAGUGUACCAAUGCCAUACUUUUCAUCGGUCAAUCCGUGGGAAACGUAGUUGGUCCGAUGUUAUACUCACAGACAGAAGCGCCAGGCUACGCCAAGGGCCUGCGUUCGAACCUAGCGCUCUAUAUUGCAAUCAUCGCACUAGUCGGGAUAACUACUACAUACCUCAGGGUUCUGAAUGCGGCACAUGCUAAGAGACGGGUUGCUAUGGGUAAGAGUGCUGUUAUCGUUGAUACCAGCCUAGACUCUGCAGAGGUGGCAGCGGCGCAACAAACUGGCGAUGAUGUGGAUAAGAACACUAGGAACGCCGAGGAAGGUGAUGUCGCUGCCGCUUCUAAUGAGGAUGUGGAAAGGCCCGGUGAGAGAGCAUUUGAGAACUUAACUGACCUCCAGAAUGAGGAGUUCGUCUUUGUCUUCUAA